CCUCACGCUAGUGACGUGCGGAAGGUCCCUCUUUCACCGGUGUGUGUGUGAGGCGAACAUCAGCUUCUCGUGUCCCUGCAGGCCGCAGACAUGGGGAUCCUGGAAAAGAUUUCGGAGAUUGAGAAGGAGAUUGCCAGGACCCAGAAGAAUAAAGCCACUGAAUAUCAUCUGGGGCUUCUCAAGGCCAAACUCGCUAAGUAUCGCGCCCAGCUUCUAGAACCAUCCAAAUCAGCUGCAGGCAAAGGAGAAGGCUUCGAUGUGAUGAAAUCUGGAGAUGCCCGUGUGGCACUGAUUGGGUUCCCCUCCGUGGGUAAGUCUACGUUUCUGAGCUUGAUGACGUCCACAGCCAGUGAAGCUGCCUCGUAUGAAUUUACCACAUUGACCUGUAUCCCGGGAGUAAUAGAGUACAAAGGAGCAAAUAUCCAGUUAUUGGAUCUUCCUGGUAUUAUUGAAGGAGCGUCGCAGGGUAAGGGUAGAGGUCGCCAAGUUAUUGCUGUUGCGAGAACAUCUGACGUAGUCAUCAUGAUGCUCGAUGCCACAAAGGGAGAAGUCCAGAGGAAUUUGUUAGAAAAGGAAUUGGAAUCAGUAGGGAUUAGACUGAACAAAAGAAAACCUAACAUCUAUUUUAAGCCCAAAAAAGGAGGUGGGAUCUCCUUUAACUCCACUCUACCUCUUACCCAAUGCUCUGAGAAGUUAGUACAGCUCAUUCUCCAUGAAUACAAAAUGUUCAACGCAGAGGUGCUGUUCCGGGAGGAUUGUAGUCCUGACGAUUUUAUUGAUGUCAUCGUUGGAAACAGAGUUUACAUGAACUGCCUCUAUGUUUAUAACAAGGUCGAUCAGAUCUCCAUGGAAGAGGUUGACCGGCUGGCCAGGCAACCUCACAGUGUGGUUAUCAGCUGUGGGAUGAAGUUAAAUUUAGAUUAUUUACUGGAGAAGCUGUGGGAAUACCUGGCACUCACCUGCAUCUUUACCAAAAAGAGGGGAGAGAGACCAGAUUUUAACGAUGCUAUUAUCCUACGGCAAGGCGCAUCAGUGGAACACGUGUGUCAUCGAAUUCACAGGACCCUGGCUAGUCAGUUUAAAUAUGCCCUGGUUUGGGGAACUAGUACCAAGUACAGUCCUCAGAGAGUUGGAUUAAACCACAACAUGGAACAUGAGGAUGUUAUACAGAUUGUCAAGAAAUAAGAUGUCGGAACAUACCACCUCCUGUAGCCUAAUCUACUUAAAUUACUCCCACACACCACACAUCUAUUUGCUAAAUAAAAUCCGAACCAAAACACCAUGAUCUGCUGGCUUAAGAGUCAAGACUUUCAACUAUUGGACAAUUUUACCAGAAAGGGUAUAUACACUUAACCCUUUUCUGGAACAUAAACAUGCAAUACUAUGCAAACAAUAAAAUACUGAGCAACUCCAUGCUUUAAUAUUCUAUGUUAUUUGCUCUUGGAAAAUAGUUUCAUCUGUAACUAAGAAAAGCACAGGAUCAAAAAAGAUAUGUUCUCAAUGUCCAUGUUUGUUUGAAAAUAUAACUGUUCUAGACAGGCUUUUCUUGGGUACUGUAAAUAAAAUCAAAUUUUGAAAGCCUUGAGCAAACACCUUAUGCUUGAUUGUGGCAAUAAAACUAAAAUAUUUGUAUAUUCUUUUAAGAACUAGAA